AUGGAGGAUUACAGACAUUGGACUACGUUACCCCCCAGACUUGGCAGCACUGAUCUCCGAUCAAUUGGUUCCUUCGAAACAGAAACGGUGGCGGGGGAAAUAAGGACAGAGCCAAAGGGCUGGAAUAUUUCCCAACUAGCAUCGCCGGUGGUUGAGGGCGAGCGUGGAGACAACUUGCAUGAUGACGGCUACAUUGAGUACGUCUGCUCAGGGACACAUAGUCCGGACCAUCUGAUUUCCCUAGGGGACAGGUCUGCUAGUUAUUCAGUUACUGACGUGGAGUGCACUCAUGUAGACGGGGCGUUCAACUCGGCCCCUGACACACCCUCUACCAUCUAUCCCGAUCGUCUGAUUCGUCCUCUCCCAAGAAGGACCCUGCGCUCUCGCCUUUCAUCUGACGCCGCGGACACCAUAUUCUACCCUCCAACGCCACCAGCAUCCCAAAUCUUUUAUGGUGUCUCCGCGGAUUCAGAAGAGGCGGUGAAUGAGUCCAAAGUUUAUGUGCAACAGACCGUUGAGACUGAAUUGUCGCCGGAGGUUGAUGCACAUAAUUUUGAGACGUCAGUAGAGUUGGAGAGUGGGGAUGAAGAUGGUCCUGUAGUGGUCCGCAGAAAUGGUGUGCGGAGAUCUUCUCUUUCACCCUCCGUGUCAAGCAAUCAUCCAAACUUCCCCAACGUUGAUGCACCCCAAGCCAAAUCGUCCUCAUCUGGACCUGACGGGUACGACGCGUUUGAGAAUACGAAUAACAAGAAAAAACGAAAAAUACCAACACCUGGAAACUUGGGUGGACACCAUUCCGCGUUGUCCCCAGAGUUUGCCAGCAUGGGAUUGGCAAAUUCAACCCCCGCACCGCCGCCUGCUCCGAGUGAUUCCACCGGCACAUACUAUGGUAGUGGGAACCCUGCGUCGCCAUUGGGAAGUGGAAUAUCUGGUUCAGGUAGAGGUCGUCUAGGGAGGCCUGUUGUACGCAGUAGCAGCAGGACCCCGCUGUCGGCUAAUGCCCAGAAUGGAUGGAUGCACACCCGGACCCCGAGUCGGCGAGAUGGGCUGAUGUCAUCCCCUGGUCCUUCCGGCGAAUCGCCUGACCAAGGGAUUAUCUCCACUGCCAUCGCGAACGCAACACUUUCGUCCCCACCGCGGGGUCCCAGCAACGUCAGUUUGCUGGACCAGGAAAACACCACCCCAAUCAAAACUCAAUUUACAUUUACAUGCGAGUCCGAUUCCUCUAAAGGCAUGGCCAUGCAAAGAACUUACUCAAUCCCUCAUCGAUCUCCCACUUCGCCUCUUAGUCACACGAAUCAGAAGCAGCGAGGGUUUUCCACACAAGGAACACAGACUAGCCCGAGUAUGGGUGCAUCCAUGAGCCACGGCCCUCCGGGUACACAACCACCCGCUCAAGGUGGAGAACCACCCGUGGUCCCCAAGAAGAAGCGGUCACCGGCCAGUAUAUACGCACUGUCGGCACGCCAGCGCAAGAUCCAGCAACAAUACACAAACCUGCAUCACCCCCCUAGCUUGGAGGACAUCUGGAUUUAUGAAAGACCGCAAGGAGCGCAAGCGACUCGCGGAAAAGAAACGGCUUUGGAAAAAGCCAAGAUGAAGGGUCGGAAGACCAAGAAGGCGACUAAGAACGCAUCGAAGCACAACCAGUCCUACCAGCAGGGAUACGACCGCGCUUCGGUUGACCACUCCUCAGCUGGCGGUUCGGGUCUUCCCGAUGAUGAAUACAACCUCGAAUAUGAUGAUGAGCAUUCACACAUUCCACCAUCCGCCCCUGCUUCUCCCACCGAUCUCAAACCUCCAUUGCCGCCCGAUGGCAAUUAUCCGAAGAUAACGGCCUCUGCUCCUGGAAUCAAAGGUGCUGCAGAUGCCGGAGCGAGUCGGCCGGCCUGA